UGUCACAGCCGCCAAUGCCACAGCCACCGAUGUCAAAGCCGCCAAUGCCACAGCCACCGAUGUCACAGCCGCCACUGACACAGCCGCCAAUGUCACAGCCGCCUCCACCGCCGCCCCCGACGAACGCAUUUCCAAUGCCUUCAGGGCAACCGAUCUUUCCGAUGCCACCCCACUUUGGUUAUCCGCCCAUUGCAUGGUCGCCAGUCCAUCAAUAUCCACCGCUGCCACCGCCGCCACCAGUGACGCCGCAGCAACCAGCCCACGAUCGCAUCGAGGAGGACGAUGAGUACAACGUACAGCAGCUCGUGUUCAACAAUAACAACAACAACAACAACUACAGCAGCAACAAAAAUAUGAACUCCGCAAACAACUUACAAAUUGAUUUGGAAUUUCAGUCGCCCCAGCGUCAGAACCGGCAGACGUUCUCACGAAUUGUAUCCAAUAAGGUAAACAACACCUCAAUCGGAUCCCGUUGCGUUAGAGGGGUAACAAAUUUUAUAUUGACAUAA